AUGGUGAUGUACAAGCAUGGCGUUGUACUGAACGAGAGUGGAGAAGCCAGCAAGGUUGCCAAGUUGGGUUCUCCUUUAGCAUUUCAUCAAAUGAUCAGCUUCCUUCUCCAGUGUUCAGUGCUCCGGUCAUCUACAAACUGGUAUCAGAGCUUGAUGGCGACCAACGGCGUGACAGCUACAGCAGGCUCACCGGUGACACUCUCACAACCCUCGAUCUCGGUGUUCACAGGCCCAGAAUAUGGCCGGUGGAGUCUUCGGAUGAAGACGAUCUUCAUAUCCCUUGAGUUGUGGGAUCUUGUGGAGAAUGGAGUGACGGAGUCGAAGGAUGAGGCCGUGGAGAGAGAGAACAAAAAGCGAGACGCCAGAGCGUUGAGCAUUAUCCAACAAGCUGUUGAUGAUCCAAACUUGGACCGGAUAUCAGAAGCUAAGUCCGCACAUGAUGCUUGGGAAACCUUGAGGAAGCAGUGUCAAGGGACUUCCAAGGUGAUGGCGGUGAGGAUUCAGGUUCUUCGGCAAGACAUCAAAAUCCUCCAGAUGAGAGACGAUGAAGGAGUUCAAGAGUAUGUCUCACGAGUGAUCACAAUAACAAACCAGAUAAAGGGUCUUGGUCACAAGCUUAAGGAACCAGAGGUGGUGUCGAAGGUACUUCGAAGUCUGGCUCUAAAGUUCGGCUGGGUUGCUGUGGCGAUUGAAGAAUCAAAGGAGAUCUCAAAACUCAGUCUUGAUGAUCACUAUGGCACCCUUCAAGCUCAUGAAGUGAGAGUUAAUCGCUGUGUGAUGAAGACCGGUGAGAAAGUAUUGGUAGCAAGGGAUGAGUCCUCGAGCACAGGACAGCUCAAACCAAGUGGCUCUACUGUCUCUUCGGGCGAAGGCAGAAGUCGAGGGAGAUCUCAUUUGAGAGGAAGAGAAAGAAACAAUCGUGGCUAA